AUGUGGGGGAAAAUUUCAUGGGACUAUGUCAGAGCAUGUGAAAAUUUGGAUAAGAUUGGAUAUUAUGAUUGGGCAAAGGAAGUUGGAAGCUUCCUAAAAAAGUCUAUAAAGGCUUUGAAAAAGAAGAAUUCAAAGAGCUCAUAUGGUAAUACAGGGGGCUGCGUUCUAAUAAUACUGUAUUGGUUCUGUCAAAAGACUGAAAAAAUCAAGCCAAUAUCUGGAAGGGAGAAGGAAGAGCAUGAGAUGAGAAAAUGGGACAUUCAGAGGCUGAUACAGAAUUGGACAAGCUUUAACAGCUUGAAAAAACUAACUGAAGAUCAAGAGGAAUCAGAAUCCGACGAAGAGGAGAAUAGAUCAGAUGAAGCAAAGACAGCUCCAGAAGGACAGGAAGAAGGAAAUGAUGAUCAGAAUUCUGAAAAUGAAGAAGAUAACCUAGAAGUUGAGAAAAAACUGAAGGAAAAGAAACAGGAACUAAAGAAAUUCGCGGAGGACAUGGAGAAUCUGGAGGAACGAAAUGCUGAACUUAUGACAGAGAAUUUGUGUCUUACAUCAUCGGUGAAGGAGUUAGAGCUCAACAGCACAGGUCCCCACCACAGGUCCCCACCAUCUAAAGCUGCUGAGAACACAGAAAAGGAAGAUCAAUCUACAGUUGAGGAAGGUCAGUCCCAAGAGAUCUUCACAGUCGAAGAAUUUGUAGCCGCAGCAGCUCAAUCUCCACCUCACUUCACAGUGCAAGAAGAAACUCAAUCGACACCUCCAUCACACAAAGACUCACUGUUCCAGAGCCCCACAGUCCGCAAGCUCACAGUUGAAGAAAUGGAAAGACAACCAGACAUGUUUCAGAUAGUGAAAACUCCUAUAGCUGCACAUGCCUCUCCACUUCAUACAUUGAGCAUAGAGGAAGAGCAGAAGACACCAGAAGAGAACAAAAAGAGUGAGUUAACAAUGCGCAUUACAGAGAAACAUUCCGGUCAAACUGAAAAGAACACAGAAGAAGGACAACAUUUACUGGUGGGGGAUGUGAAAGCAAAAAGAGAGAAAAAAGCAAAGGAGAAGGAAGAUAGAUUGAGAGCUGCUGAAAAGGAAGAAAAAGAAAAGCAGAAGAAGGCCUCACUGCAACCUGAAGAACGUAAAAAGCUAGAAGAGAUGGUAGCACAACAGAAUUUGGACGGUUUACCCGAGGAUGUUCUGAAAGCAAUAAGAGAGAUCGACGCUAAAGAAAAAGCAGAAAUCAAUGAAGAGUCAGAAGAGAAACAGCUCCCUCCUGAGGUCAUAGACUGGGAGAAGAGCAAAGUGUACAAUUAUAUGGACCAGGACACCAAGAGAAGAGUGCAGAGAUACUGGCAAAAUGCCCCAUCAGGGUAA